AUGGGUAUGUUUGUUGCAAGAAACAUCGAGUCUUUACUAGAGCAAGCUGUUCGUGGGUCUAGAACAACAGACUCGCAGGUCACAGCAGUUACGAUAACGAAGUCCUCUGGAGUUCCGCUUUGUACAGUUACAAGCAAGGACUUUUCAGUGACGAAAAUUAAGAUGUUUGCCCUCUUGGCCGCUAGACAGGGGAUCACACUAGAGGUACAAAGGUUUGAAGCCCCAGAAGAUGAUGAUGAUGAAAAGAUUUAUGGCUCACUUGUCCCAGGAACUGAAUACGGUGUCAUAUUUGUAACGGAGAGAAACUUCCCCGAGGGACUCAUCAAGAUAAGGAUGAGAAACUUAACGGAGCAGCUCAAAGACCUCGCCAAAUUUGACGAAGCUGAGGAGUACAGCUAA